AUGGAUAAUUUUGACGAUUCCUCUGAAACUGAGUUUGUUGAUUGUAACAACAUUAAUCACAACGGAUUUGAUUCUCUUUUAAAUGGAUUAGAUCCAAACCUUGGAAUGCUUGCUGACAAUGAUUUAGAACAAUUUCUUGGUUCUUCAGUUUCUUCUCCUUUAAAUUUUGAUUUGGAUGAUUUAUAUGGGCGUGUGGAAGAAGAACAAAAUUGGCAACAAAAAUAUACUUCCCAAGACCACGACCAUUGCUACUUUGAAAUGCCCUCUUUUUGUGGCUCUCCAGAUUCGGGGCUUUCUUCGAAUGUUACUUCAAAUGAAAGUUCUGGAUGUACAAGCAUUCGAAAUAGUUGUGGAUACGAAACAGACUCUACAUUAACAUUAAAUCCAAAUUUGGAUGUUCCUGUUGAUUUUCAAUUAAAAGAAUCAUCAAAAUCAGCAUUUUAUGUUGAUACUGAUGGAACUUUAAUGGAAUAUACAGAAUACCAAUCUGAAACAAUUAACAAUCAGUCAAAUAAUGUUAUUGAAAGUUUAGUUAAACAAAACAAAAUAAACAACUUAAUGGUAAUAUUGAGAUUUUUAAUUAAUUCUUUGACCUUAAUAAAUAAAUAUAUAAUUAAUUAA